AUGGCAUCUGCAGACGCACGCAAGGAGUCCGAGUUCGCACUCGCCAAGCCCUACCUCGGGACGGGUGCCCUCGCAGCCUCGAGUCUGUUCGACGUCUCCGGCUGGGUUUGUGUUGUGACUGGCGGAGGCACUGGCCUCGGUCUCGUGACGGCCGCAGCACUGGCGGAGAACGGCGCAAAGGUGUACAUUACGGGGCGCCGUCUCGACACUCUCGAGGCUGCCGCAAAGACUGCGGCACCGAAGAGCGGGCCUGGCAAGAUCAUCCCUGUCCAGGCUGAUGCGGCGACAAAGGAGGGCGUCCAGAAGAUGCGCGACGCCGUUGCCAAAGACGAGAAGUGGAUCAAUCUCCUUGUAAACAACCAUGGUGUGUCGCUCCCCCAUGGCGAGCCGGACUCGACGGAUAACUCGCCCGCGGCACUCAGCAAGGAGAUGUUUGAGAACGAGACGUACGAGCGCUGGCUCGACGCGUACCGCAUCAACACCGCCAGCUACUACUUUACGACGUGGGCGUUCGUGCCGCUCCUAUCUGCGGCGAAGACUGUGGGUGGCGCCGCCGAGCCCGGCAACAUCGUCAACAUCUCCAGCAUGUCGGGGGUUACGCGUACGAGCCAACGCGGACAGUUCUCGUACAACUGUAGCAAGGCGGCGACAAUCUCCCUGACGGACCAGCUUGCCUUUGAGCUCGCCCGCCGCGGCCUCAACAUUCGCGUCAACACCAUCUGUCCGGGCUACUUCCCUUCCGCAAGUGGCAUGUCCGUCUUCCCCGCUGACAGGAUCGAUCACCCUGAGGCACAUGUAAAGGAAUGGCGCGAGAAGUGGGGCGUGCCGUUCGGCCGUGCCGGUAACGCGCGUGAUUACGCGCAGUGCAUCUUCGGCAUCAUCACCAACGCAUAUCAGACGGGGUCGCACGUGGUCAUGGACGGUGGCUGGCUACUGGAGCAAGCAUUCUAA